AUGACUGUCACGGACGAACAUUCUCAUGCCAACGGCUCGGCCACGAAUGGCUCAGUCAAAGGCCAUAUCAAGGAGGCUUUCGUUGAUGGCUCAGUUGCCUUGUCUGGAAAUGCCUUUGCUUCAGAGGAUCCCAAAGCUCGCACGGAUCUUUUGGACGCUGCUCGUCAACUAGUUUAUGCUCUCGAGACUCCUCGUGAGGCCAUGAUUCGCUUCUGCUGGUCACAGGCGACAGCAUUUGCUUGUUUGGAGACAGGCGUGGACCUCGGUCUGUUCACAGCCCUUUCCAAGGAUGACAAGCCUAAGAAGGCCUCGGAAUUGGCUGAAACUGUCGGAGCAGAUAACAAGCUUAUUUCUCGUAUUCUGAAGCACCUGUGUGCCGUGGGAGUGAUUCUCGAAACUGGACCUAACGAGUACCGUCGUACUGGAAUGUCAACCUCAUUGAUGUCUCAGCGAUACAGCGAUGCCUACUCGUGCAUGACUGCAUGCAUCACAAAAGGUGUCCUUGCCCUCCCCGCCCAACUCAAAAAGACUGGCUACAAGAACCUUGAUAACGGUACCGAUUGCGCCUUCCAACUCGGCUACAAAACACCUCUUCACUUCUUCGAAUUCCUCAAGGAGCACCCCGAUGCUGCUAAAGAGUUCAAUAACCACAUGUCUGCCUACCGCCAAGGUCGCCCGAGCUGGAUGGACAGUGGUUUCUACGAUGUGCCCGCUUUAAUCAAUGGCGACAUUGGUGAAGGAGAAGCUCUCCUGGUCGAUAUGGGGGGCAGCGUCGGCCAUGACCUGUCCGAGUUCCACCGCAAGUGGUCCAGUGCUCCUGGCCGUCUUAUCUUGCAGGAUCUCCCUGAGGUCCUUGAACAGGCUAAGACUAUGUCGCUUCACCCGUCCAUUGAGAUUAUGGCUCACGACUUCUUCAACGAGCAGCCUGUGAAGGGGGCCCGCGCUUACUACAUGCACUCCAUUCUUCACGACUGGACCGAUGCGGACUGCAAGAAAAUCCUAGAGAACAUCGUCCCCGCUAUGAAACGCGGCCACAGCAAGAUUCUCAUCAACGAGAAUGUGAUCCCCGAGACCAAUGCCUACUGGGAGACCACCAGUCUUGACAUCAUUAUGAUGGCCGAUUUUGCGUCCACCGAGCGCACUGCAGAUGACUGGCAUGCGCUUGUUGAGUCUGCUGGGUUGAAGAUCACUAAGAUUUGGACUGCUCAGCGCGGUGUUGAGAGUUUGAUUGAGUGCGAGUUGGCUUAG